CUAAAAACUUUAUCCAGUCCGAACUAAAAUGGCGGGAGCUGUAGGAGUACACGUCAUCAGUACACAGCUUCCGGUUGCGUUUAUCUCAGCCAUGAAACAGAGAGGUUCUGCGAUCAGAUGCGCCGCCAACACACCGAAUAAACGGUACAACAUAGCGGUGCUUCCCGGCGAUGGCGUCGGCAACGAAGUCAUCCCCGUCGCCGUCGACGCUCUUCGUCUAGCUGGAUCUCUCGAAGGGUUGGAUUUGAGGUUCGAGGAGCUGCCUAUAGGAGGUGUUGCUUUGGAUCUCGUCGGAGUUCCCUUACCGGAGGAAACAUUGACAAAGGCAAAGAACUCAGAUGCUGUUCUUCUCGGAGCUGUUGGAUGGCCGAAAUGGGAUAACAAUCCGAAGCAUUUGAAGCCUAUAACGGCCUUGUUGCAGCUUCGUGCGGGUCUUGAAGUCUUUUCCAAUUUAAGACCCAUCACUGUCUUCCCUCAGCUGGUUGAUUCGACGUUUCUGAGAAAAGACACAGCUGAAGGGGUUGACCUUAUGAUCAUCCGGGAGCUUACCGGAGGUAUUUACAAUGCGCAUCCUCGGGGGUUUACUACAAAUGAACAAGGUGAUGAAGUUGGCUUUUGCACCGAGUCAUACUCUGCAACUGAGGUUGAUCGCAUUGCUCGUGUUGCGUUUGAUAUUGCCAAGCAACGGCGUAGUAAACUUUGCUCUGUUGACAAGGCUACUGUCCUUGAGGGGUCAAUGUUGUGGAGGAAAAGAGUCACAUCAAUGGCCUUAGAGUAUCCCGAGGUUGAAGUGAGUCAUCUGCUCAUCGACACCGCUGCCAUGGAUCUUGUUCGGCACCCAAGACAGUUCGAUACCAUUUUAACUGGAGUCAUGUUUGGCGAUAUUCUCUCUGAUCUUGCGGCCAUGAUCCCUGGAAGUGUAGGACUGCUUCCAUCUGCUGCCCUUGGUGAUUCAGGACCUGGAAUCUUCGAACCAGUACAUGGAUCUGCCCCUAAACACUACGGAAAGGACACAGUGAAUCCCUUGGCGGCUGUUCUAUCAGCUGCAAUGCUGUUCAGGUACGGAUUGAAAGAGGAAAGCGCUGCAAGGAGGAUAGAAAUUGCAGUUUCAGAUGUCUUGGACCGCGGAUUCAGAACUCGUGACAUUCACACUCCUGGAACUGCAUUGGUAGGUUGCAAGAGAAUGGGCGAGGAGAUACUGAGAUCACUUGAUGCCAGAGUCUCUACUUCAAACGGAAGUGGGGUUUAGCUGCAAAAACUAGGGUUGGGCAUUUCGGUUUAGUUAUGGGUUCGGUUUGGGUUCGAUUUUGGUUCAGUUUGAUUUAUUUGGGUCUAUGAAAACCUUAAGCAAAGUCAAUCCAAAUUAGUUUGGUUUA